AAGAGAAGAAGAAGAAAAAAAAACAUCAGCCCGAUCUCCACUGAUCACUGAUCUUUAGUCUGUGUCGCCGUCUGUCUGGUGACUGGAAAUUCACAAAAAAGGAAACUGAUCCCAGGUCAGUAAGCAGAUGAAGGUGUUUGCCAAAAGUAAUGAGAACAAUUUCCGUUUCUCUCCUGGAUCCUGCAGGCAGCUGCUGCUCUGUCACAUUCAGACACCAGCUAUAAACACAAGGUUCAGUCAGACCACAGGACAGUUCAGCAGCUCCCACUUCCUCAUCGAGAGUCGAAGCCGAGCAAGCGAGCGAGGGAACGAGCGAACAUGAGUGACUUCCUGUGACGCCUCUGUGUCUCUGGUCAAUAAGUAUCGUCACAUCACUCUUGCUGCCGCAUGGAAAGACACAUCGUCGCAUCAAGAGGGAAGCUCUCUGCUAGAUCUACGCUGAAAGUGGAUUCAGAGUUGCUCGGUUAAUAAUAGACGGCGUUGGAAGGCUGUGAUGCUGGUUUCAUGCAGAUAGAGUUGUGUUUUGAGGAUUUUUCAGCCAUGUUACAGCAGUCAGAGCUCAUUUUUGACUUUGCCAGUGACCAUUUUGCCAUGCCACAGCUGGGGGGUCACUCAGAUUACCCUGCAGUGAUUGUGGAGCAGGUUCCACAUCCUCAUCUGUUCUCAUAUGCAGGUCUGGCGUGUGAACAGUCGCAGGAGGAGGAGGAGGAUCACCAGCAGCUGCUCAGAGUGGAGACAUGUGAAAGUGGAGAGGAGGAGAUCAUGGAGACACUUGUUGCCGCCGACUCGCUUCUCAACAUGGACUGCGCCGACACCCUCUCCAUGGAACACUACUCCCAGACCUUCCUGCCAUCGCUGGGUGACGUCAUCACCACUCCUGUUACCCAGGUGACCGUGUCAGCAGAGGGGGUUGUGGGAGCUGUUGACCAGCCACACUGGCACUCGUUACACACAAAGAAACCUGCUGCACAGCUGCAGUCCAAAAAGAGAAGUAGAAAACCUCGGCACCGGAGGGCAGAGUCUCCAACACCAGAUAUUACAGUAAAGAAGGACAAAUACAACAAAGGAGGAAACACCCUUUACCUGUGGCAGUUCCUGAUGGAGUUGCUGCAGGACAGACAAGUCUGUCCCCGCUAUAUCAAAUGGACGAAUCCUCACGCGGGGAUCUUCAAGCUGGUCAACUCGAAGGCCGUGGCCAGGCUCUGGGGAAAACACAAAAACAAGCCAGAUAUGAACUAUGAGACAAUGGGCAGAGCACUCAGGUACUACUACCAGAGGGGCAUACUGAAUAAAGUCGAAGGCCAGCGCCUCGUCUACCAGUUCACCUCUCUGCCCAAAGACAUGAUUUACAUCACAGACGGAGACGGCAUCAAAGAUGAAGAAGACGACGACAUCAGUGGCAACGAUGACGUUGUGAGUGACGACUCUGACAGUGAGAUAUCGUCCAGCGACCAAUCAGUGGAGGAGGAAGAUGAUCACCCACCGCAGAAGAAAAUGUCGUCCGUCUCUGUCCGAGCCGCAGCUUCACAUCGCGCCAGGUCGGCUCCCAGACCCACAGCUCAGCGCGACACCGUCCUGCGACCCGCCAGCACCAGCCUGAUCCAGGAGCAGCAUUUGCCUAUUGUGUCUGCUGAGAUGCUGCGGACGCUCCAGAACCUGCAGAAGGUCCAGUCUCUGCAACCCGCUGGCCACGCCUCGGUCUUCAAAACAGCUCAGCUACUGGGGAGCCUGUGUGAGCGACAGGCUGCUGCUGAGGUGGCUGUAGACAGUGAAGGUGCAGCGGAGACGCAUGAGAAAAGGUCACAUCCAGGACAGAAAACUCCACAGCUGGUGCCUCUAACAAGCUCUGACCAAUAGAACCAAUAGAACAGACCCAAACCACACAGAUGCCCAUACACUCCACUGACUCAGGACCACUUACAGAGCCGCACUUUGCUACGGCAGCGGCUGCACACCAGUGCUGAUAUUUGUGGAAGUGUUGAUCUAGAAUUGAGUUUGUAUUGGAAAGCAUGUCAUGAAUUGGAAACAAACGUGAUUCUAGAUCAGUGCCUCCAUGUGACAUCUCGCAGGAACCAAAAUCUAACUGCCUUCUUGGUAAAGACAGACUAUAAAAGCUGUUGUCCUUUAAUUCAGCCUUUCUCUGUAGCCCUUAACUACACAAAACACCAAAGACAGACAUGCACUGGAAUCCAGAGCCUCUCUGCACCUUCUGCAGACACAUCCCCUGCUUGCACUUCAGCUCCAGUGUCAUGGAGCCAAUUAUCUGAUCACACUGUGCCCUUCUUCUCUGCCUUUACUCUUGCUCUCUUCCACUUUGUUAUGUGUCUUUUUUUAUGCUAUCACAUGCUCGAUCAUUCCUUUGCCUUAAAAGUGGCUUUGCACUAAUGUUUAACCCUGCUGUACGUUUCUUCUCUAAGUGCCUCGGUCCAUUCAGUCCCGGCUUCCUCUAUUCCUUAUAAUCAUGAAGUUAUUAAGGGAAAACAUUCCGUGUUAUUGUUGUUUUUUUUUUAUGAUUACUGCAUUGUGUUUGUGACAUGUUGAAAACAAGGGAUCACUGUUAUUUGUAGAAUAGUAGUUUGGCACUGUUUCUGUUUUUAGUUUGUGUAUCUGCACGGCGGGCCUUUCUUUUCUUGACAAUCACCAGUGAAAUAGUCUUGUGGCCAUCUUGCCGCCUCUCGUCGUAGUGCUACUAUUUAACCGUUCUGCAAUGCGCACAUUCUGUUGAGUUAUUGCACGUAUAUAAAUGCAUUUAUACCUGAAAUUCUAAAUCAUUGAUAUCGAUGUGUGUGUUGUAUGUUAUAUGCUGUAUGUGAAAGUGCUUCGUUGCCAUUUUCUCCCUCAGGUUUAUAAACUUUUUUUUUUGUGCUGCACAGAAUAUACACUCUAUGCAAAGAGUGAAGAAACUGGUCCUUAAUAGUGAAGUUGAUAGUUCAGUUUUUCCUCUUCAGUUAGUUCAGCCUUAACAAACCAGCCUGCAGAGUUCACCUUAACACCAACUGAAAACUGACUUUGCAAGGAUUAGGCUGGUUUCUGUCAGUUAACCUUUUAGGAGAUGCUUAUACUGUAACUGUGCCUUUGUCUGCUGGGAGCUCCUAUGCAAAACUGCCUUUUAAAGCCUUUAUUUUAAACUCCUGUCACUUUGCUUUAUCUGCAGGUCUCUUGAUGCUGAUUUGUAAACUUGUAGCCGAGAGAGAGGUGAAGUUUCUGUUGCUUUUUUUUUUCUCGGCUUGUUUGCUUUCACGCAGUCCGGAGGUGUUGAAUAGAAUGAUGGCCUAGUAUAUGAAUAAACUUAAAUUUGUUGUUGUCUGUGUAAAACGCAACCUCAACUCUUUUAUUGACGCGUGUACGAAUGGGUGACGCAUUCAGAGAAAACCGACAUAGAGCGCGUUAGCGAGGUGUUAGGCCACCGCAUGCUGCCAGAGCUGCUUCACAGCAUGUGAGUCACAGCAUUUUCAAACCAUUCAGUGACCCCUUGCGUCCUAUAGAUGGGGGCGUUAUCGUCCUGGAAGACACCACUCCUGUCAAGAUAGAAAUGAUUAUUCAUGGGGUAAAACUUGGAGGAGCUUUGUGUUGAUUUGCAGUGACUCUUGCCUCUUAGGGGACAAGUGGACUCUAGCAUCAGUAGUUAACAGAAACUACAGUAUGUUUACUGAAGUGCUUCGGAGAUCUGUUUCUAAAGUGUUUCUUUUUAUAUACAGCUUUAUGCCAUAUUCCAAUAAACCUAUAAACAGAUACUGAAA